AUGCCACCUGUACCUCAACAACAUGGCCAGGCGGGUCCCUCUGUAUGGCAGAAAAUGAAGAUGGGUGCAGUAAUGGGUGGAGGAGUGGGUCUGACGAUAGGUUUUAUAUUUGGCUCAUGGAGCAUUAUUAGGGGUGGUGCUGGACCUCGUGGAUUUAUGGCCACACUCUCGCAAUACAUGUUAAGCAGUGCAGCCACCUUUUCCUUCUUCCUGGCAAUUGGAUCAGUGAUUCGCAGCGAUGCUCUUAUUCCACCCCAUCUGCAGGCCGCCCAGAUGCAGCUUUUAUCUCAUAGCCCAUUGGUUAGCUCAAAAGCCCAAGGUUUGCGCCUCAUGAAGGCUCGAUGGGAAGCAGAGCACAAAUGUCGAUCAUCUACCCAAGCGUAG